AUGGGUUUGAGUUAUUUAGCAAAUGGAUGUGUAAUGUCCAUUAUGAUAUUACUUUGCAUUUGUAAAUAUUGUAAUGCUCAACCUAAAGUGUUCGAUAUCUUGCAAUUUGGUGCCAAACCUGAUGGAAUAACCGAUAACAGUAAGGCAUUAAGUAAUGCAUGGAGUGAAGCUUGUGGAAAUAGUGGAGGUGGUGUGUACGCCACCGGCGACUACUGGCUUAGUAUCAACCAAGUCAACAACUUGUUCAUCGAUGGUUUGGGUUGCUUGAACGGUCGCGGUUCUACCGCUUGGCCAUACAACUCCGCUAAUCGUCCAGUCUCUAUGAAGCUCAAUAAUAUCAACACUAUGAGUAUCAAGAACAUAAGCUCUUAUAAUAGCAAACUCUUCCAUUUUGCGGUACAUGGAUGUCGUGACGUCACGUUUGACCACGUUACAGUGGUAGCUCCAGCAGACAGCCCCAACACAGAUGGAAUCCAUAUUUCAUCAUCGAGCGGUAUCAACAUCAUGCAUUCAGUGAUCGGUACUGGAGAUGAUUGCAUCUCCUUGGGCCCUGGAAGUAAAUUCAUCAACAUAACCAAUGUCCAAUGUGGUCCUGGCCAUGGAAUUAGUAUCGGUAGCCUUGGAAAGUACCCAAACGAAGAAGACGUCUUCGAAGUCACAAUAAGAGACUCCACAUUCAUUGGCACAUCCAAUGGAGUGAGGAUCAAAUCAUGGUCAUCUUCAUAUUCCAGCAUGGUUAGCAAUGUCACAUUUCUCAAUCUCCAAAUGAACAAUGUCAAAAACCCUAUCAUCAUUGAUCAAAUGUAUUGCCCCGGUACUUGCGGUCCACAUGAUGAAAUGAGUAAGUCAAAAGUGCAAAUUAAAGAUGUGAGAUAUGAAGGCAUAAGGGGGACUUCAAUUACCCAAGUGGCAGUAAAUUUUGAGUGCAACCAAGUUUUUCCAUGUCAAGACAUAAUGUUGCAAGACAUUAACCUUCCUUUCAAUGGUGGUGGCCAGCCAACUUCCAUUUGUCAUAAUGUUAAGGGUUCUGCUUUUGGCCAACAAUUGCCUCCCUCUUGUCUUUAA